GCAGCUGCGAAAAACGAGAUCUGGAGCGAAUCGUGCGAGAGAAAAAAAGCAAAUUUGUGCGCAUCGCUCUGCCCGCCUCGCGAAGCACAAACAAACCGUGGAGCAGGGCUUUCUCUUGACUUCAGCGAGGUACGCCCUCCGGAGGAUAAAGGCACAGAAAUUGGGCUUGCUGGGUCCACAGUCCUACAAGUCGAGCACAGGUGGUGAAGUUUCUGCUAAGGCUGGCACAGCCAGGGCGAGCACUGUUGAUAAAGA